AUGGAGGGAAUGGUUAAACCUCAGUGCGGCAGCGCGAGCGGCGAGGCCGUGGAAUAUGACCUCCCAUUGCAUGUUGCAGCCCUGUUCCUCGUCUUGGGGUUCAGCACGCUCGGUGCCGGCUUUCCAGUUGUAGCGAAAAAAUUCCCGGGGUUGAAGAUCCCGCCAAAUGUAUUCUUUUUCUGCAAGCACUUUGGAACUGGUGUCCUGGUUGCGACGGCGUUCGUACAUCUCCUCCCGACGGCGUUCUCCUCGCUGAAUGACCCGUGUCUGCCGGACCUUUUCACGGAACAAUACCCUGCGAUGCCGGGUGUGAUCAUGCUCGGUUCGCUUUUCGCUCUUUUUGCCCUGGAGAUGUAUAUGAAUGCAAAAACCGGCGGUCACAGCCAUGGGGGAGCCACAGGGGAAAGCCUCAACCAUCAACACCAACAUCAACAUUAUAAUGGAAAUGCUGGAAACAAUGGCAUUUCUUGGCCAAAGGAAAACAAGGUAAUGAACGACUCGUCAUCGGACUACUGGUAUGAUGAGAAAGCGGCUUAUAAGGUUUACUCCGGCGCGAAUGAAUUUGAAGAAUCCUACCUGAGCAAACAAAGCGAGAUGCCGAGCUGGUUCAUGAUCUUCUACGAACAGUAUGUCCGGGAGCGCGAGUGGAUGCAGGCACAGCUGCGAUUGUCAGCCACCCGCCGUGAUGACGAGAUGCAAAGCAUAGAGCUCAAACCGCCAGUACAAAGCCAUGCCACGGACGUAGAGGUCGGACAAGUUGAUCCGGCAGUGCUGAGGAAAAUGUCCCUGAAUAUCACCAUUCUAGAAGGCGGCAUUUUGUUUCACUCAGUCUUUGUCGGAAUCACGGUCUCCAUUGAGUCAGAGGGAUUUGUCGUCUUGCUCGUUGCCAUUUUAUUCCAUCAAGCAUUUGAAGGCUUAGGUCUUGGUUCACGAAUUGCUGCGGUGCCGUACCCCAAGGGCUCAAUUCGUCCAUGGGUUUUGGUUGUCGCGUUUGGCACGACGGCUCCAAUUGGCCAGGCGAUUGGGUUGAUUGCUCGCAACAGCUAUGACCCUAAUAGUGCGUUUGGUUUGAUCAUCGUUGGGAUAUUCAACGCGAUUUCCUCUGGGCUGCUAAUCUAUGCUGCCCUCGUUGAUCUUCUAGCAGAAGAUUUCUUGUCGGAGGAGGCCCAACAUUUGACCAAGCAACAGAAGGUUUCAGGUUUCAUAUAUGUUUUGAUGGGAGCCUUCAGGAGCAGUGAAAUACCAUCACAAGUCGAUCCCUUCUCCGUCUUUGCUAUUACGUUUCUGUCCAUCUUUUGUAAUCCCACAAAGCGACGCAAGCCCGGAAGGAGUAAUGUCGUGCGGAAAGACACUCGAAGAAGAGAAGUCGAUUCGCGCUCGGGCGGGUUUUGGGUGGGCAUUCAGAAACCUUCCUGGCAGUCAGAAUUCUGA